ACUUUGAGUGAGUAGGAGAAUCUUUGACAGAGGGGAUUUCGGUGGGGUCAGGAGGGAAAUGCUGGGACAGGACAGCCCCAAUGGCGAAGUUUGAGGCAUCAGUGGUGACGAAGAAAUGGCGAGUGGGGUCAGCGAUCUUGAGGACGGGGGCGGAGGUGAUGAGUUGCUUGAGUUGGUCGAAAGCGGCUUGGUGUCGUUCAGUCCAUGUAAAGGACUCAGUGGCGCAGGUGGAGGGAGGUGGGAACUCGGCGAGGGCGGAGACCUUUUUGGGGUCCAUGCGGAUACCGUCGACCGAGACACUGUGACCACGGUAUUCUAUGCUAGGGGCAGCAAAUGUACACUUGCUGAGCUUGGCGUAGAACUUUUGUUCUCGAAGGAUGGAGAGAACUUUGCGAAGGUGUUCGAGGUGGGAUUCGAAGGUGGGGCUAAAGACGAGGAUAUCAUCAACUUGAAGGUAGAUCACGACACAGACUUCGAGGAGGUCGCGAAAGAUAUGAUUCAUGGUAGAUUGGAAUGUGGCGGGGGCAUUGGUGAGUUCGAAGGGCAUCACGAGGAACUCAUAGUGCCCAAAGUGAGAGCGAAAGGCGAUCUUGUGGGUGUCCUCCUCGCGUAUGCGGAUCUGGUGGAAGCCACUGCGGAGAUCAAUCUUGGUGAAAUACUUGGCUCCGCGGAGGCGAUCAAGAAGCUCGGAUAUGCGAGGGAGUGGGUACUUGUUCUUGAUCGUGAUCCGGUUCAGGGCACGGUAGUCUGUGCRCAUGCGGAGUUCCGAGGUGUCGUUCUUCUUAACGAAGAGACAACUGGUUCCGAAAGGGGAGGAGCUAGGCUUAAUGAAGCCUUUCUCAAGGAGUUCAUUAAGUUGUCGCUCCAUCUCUUCGGCCUCGGGGACGGAGAGUUGGUACGGGGGGCGACAAGGAGGAGAGUGGCCGGCUCGAGAUCAAUAGUGUGGGAUAGACCACGAUCGGGAGGUAGACCGGAGGCAAGGACUCGGGGAAAACAUCUUUGAAUUCGGAGAGGAGGGUGGUGAUGUGGGGAUCAGAAGGAGGAUCUUGGUCGGGUUUGUCCGUUGGAACCAAGUCAUCGGGACUCUCGCGGAGAGAAGGAUGUGUUUUCAUUGAAAGUGAGAAGUUUUUUAAAAAGUGAACAUAACGAAAUUUAGUACUGAUAAUUAAAUUGCUUGUUUUUUUGGGAGACAAAAUAAAAUUCUGAUAAUGUA